AAGGUUGAUUUGGGCGCUCACCGAAGCGUGGUCUGGCUACAUAGUGCCAGGCUGCACUCAUCCACUUGAAAGGUUGAACUGGGGGGCGGUGAAUUGCUCUUCCAGAAUUUCAGAGCGCAUGCAACUUGUGCUCACGAUUAUAAUGGGACAUUCGCUUCCGUCACACAUUCGGUGAGGCACGUGCAGCUGCGUGUUUCACUUGUGAAGAUUCCGACGGUCCAAAUAGUUCGACAACGAGGUGGCAAUGUGGUAAGUGAAGAUAUAAAGCAUGUCUCCGCACAUAGCAGGAAACCCUCGCCCUACUGCAAGGUGUUUUGCUAGUAGGACACACUGUUUCCUUUUCCGCCACCACUGGAUUUACAAUUCUUACAAUCACGAACGACGUGCAUAAAUGUCUUCUCCAGGAAAUGAAGCUCGAAUUGCCGUCAUGGGCCUCACGGGAAGUGGAAAAUCCACUUUCAUCAACUGUGCGAGCAAGUCGGAUCUUGUGGUAGGGAUGGGACUCGAGAGCUGCACGAUUGACGUGCAAUCGUCAAAGCCGUUUUACCUGGAUGAGUGUAUGGUAACGUUGAUCGACACGCCGGGCUUUGACGACACCAAUCGCAAGGAGAGGGAGAUCAUAGCACACAUAUCUGCGUACCUUGCCAACACGUACGAACAGGGCGUUAAGCUCACUGGCGUCAUCUAUAUGCAUCGCAUUUCCAACCCCCGCAUGACAGGUACAUCGAUGCGCAACUUCAGGUGCUUCCGCGAACUCUGCGGGAAGGAUGCAUUCAAGAACAUCGUCAUUGUCACCAAUAUGUGGAGAGACGACGAGCCAGAAAUCUGCAAUAAAAGAGAGAGCGAGCUAGCAACUGAUAACAAGUUCUACAAAGCUUUAAUCAAUAAGGGCAACGUAACUCUCGCAGGCCAGCAGGAAAUCAUCGACGAACAUAAGGAGUUCUCGGGGACAGCCGUGGGUAAAGAGCUCACGCGAGCUCUGAAGGAGCAAGCAGAGCAAUAUGGUACUGAGCUUCGAGAAAUUUACGCAAGUUUGGAGGCUUUGACCCGUGACAAUGACGAGGAAAGGCGACGGGUAGCUCAAGAUGAUCUGGAGAGCAAACGUGAGGAAAUUGAAAACAUUAAAAGUCGUAUCGAAAACAUGGAACAAACCUUCAAGACCGAGAAGGCCCGACUUCUGGCCAUCAUUGCAGGUAUGGAAGCAGAAAAGUUGGUGCAUUUGGAACGCAUACGAGAAUUAGAGGAGCAACAGAAGGCACAUACCGAACAAGAGGAACGAGAAGGACUUCUGUUCCGGAGAAACCUUUUCAGCGCCAUACAGAACAACAGGCGGUUGGCAGACGCUGCUGUUUAUUAUGCAGCGGGACGCUAUUGCACGGGAGAAAGUAUUUCUGUUUUGGGAUCACCUCCAGCGUGA